AUGCCACUUUAUGGCAUUCCACAAUUCUCCGUCAUUUCCCCUGCUAUUAAUGAUAUAGGAAAUUUGUUAAGAGUGCAUAUUUCUGCUGUUAUUCUUGAUGAACGUGCAUGCCUUAUGGAUCAGGUUAUAGCUGAAAUCAUCCUUUUUCCAUCUGAGAAAUAUAACUGGAAUAAAACACUUGAUUCUACCAGGAAACCUCAAAGUCACUUGUCUGGUUGUCAUUCUGCUCAGCACAUGUCUUCAUCGGUAUUUCACAGUAGUUCAUCACAUAUAGGAUUUGUAGAUAACACAUCUGCUAUAACCAAUUGUCUUCCAGAUUUCGAAACUCCAGGUCAGCGGUUUGAUUCCCUCUUUCAAGCAUGUGAUGUUGCUGCACGCAUUCUGCCCACACCCCCUUUACCCCUGCCCACAUCCCACUUUACUUUUGGGCAGAGUCCAGCAUCAAGGGGUGGAGCCUGUCGGCUGCCGGCCACAGUAAACAUGACACUAGUAAACAAAGAGUUAUGGAACCAAUUUAAUGCCAUCUGCACAGAAAUGAUAAUCACAAAGAGGGGAAGACGUAUGUUCCCACAGUGCAUAGUGAGUGUCACAGGACUGGACCCUGACACAAAGUACAUCAUGAUAAUGGAUAUAGCACCUGUGGACAACUCCCGCUACAAAUGGCAAGAUGGGCGCUGGGAAGCCAGUGGCAUGGGGGAGCCCCGUCUACCUGAGCGAUUGUACAUUCACCUAGAUUCACCUGCCACUGGAUCACAUUGGAUGAGUAAGCCAAUUUCCUUCCACAAAGUCAAGCUGACCAACCAAACUCUUGACCAGCAGGGACACUUCAUUCUGCACUCCAUGCAUAAGUAUCAGCCACGGUUCUAUGUUGUCCAGACGAACGAUGCCUACAGCCAACGCUGGUCUGGAUGGGCCUCCUUCACCUUCCCAGAAACCACCUUUAUCACAGUCACUGCUUACCAGAAUGACAGGAUAACCCAGCUAAAGAUCGACACAAAUCCAUUUGCCAAGGGAUUCCGGGAGAAUGGCAUGAACAACAGGAAGUAA